UGUGCUGAAGUGAGGUGUGUGGCGCUCCGGAGCUCCAGUGGAUUCUAACUACACGUUCUGCAUCCGCUCCUAUACCUUGAAUACAUCCAAUCCCUUCCUCCUAUGAAAUGGGUCCCGGGGACCGACAAUUACAGCUCACCGGGAGCCGCUGUGCCCUCGCCUCGACCCCUCGACUGCUCGUUACCCUCGCAACACUCCUGCUCGUCUCCCUGCCCUCAUCACAAGGAAUCUGUGAAUUGCCGAGUCACUGGAAAGGAGGAUGGUUCCAGAACGGCGCCCGAGACGUCAUCUCCAUCACGCGCACCGAGUUCUCUUCUAAAGGAGUUUGCUGGCAGUCCAAGGACGGCCAAAAGUUCUUGUUCAAGAAGAACGACUGCUUCAGAUGCCUCGCCAUAAGCGAGAAGCACGCCAACGUUCUCAUGUAUAAAGAAACUUAUUGCCAGCCCAUCAGCGACCUCGACCACCUCUGCUCGUCUAUCAACGGCGACGCUCCGCUCUACUCCAUGUUCAGGCGGGACGCCCCCGCCGCCCCAUGUCCCUUCAAAGGUCCUCUAACAUUCAGCUACAACGUAGGGUCAGGACUGUGCACCACACCCGCGUCCAACAUAGACUCGUGUACGCGAGACUCACGCCUCCUGCUGCGCUACCAAGCCUGCCCUGACAUGAAGGGCACCGAGAGCCAGGAAGUGAAGCUGGAAUGCAUUGGGGAGUGGAAGGAAGGGACGACCAAGUAUUUUGUUGGCAGAAUCGACUCGCGUAAAGCGCUCACAGAUGAAGACAAGUAUCGGUGUUUUGCGUGGGAACAUUCCAGAGAAAAAGAUCUCUACGACUACAAGAUGGCUCAGAGCGAGGACGCUACCUGCAAUGGAGUGCCAUCAGCCAGCGAUGGAGCAGUCAUACUUCAGAUCAAGAAAGCGGGCAGUUACAGCGGGUGCCGCUUACCCACUUGGGUGACUCACCAUCGCCGCUGGCACGCGCUGGACCGGGGAGCGAUAUACGUAGUUGCGCACUCGAACGCAACGCUGCGCCUACAUCACGUGCACAGCUCCAGCGCUGCCGUCAUCUCCAGCACCGCCAAAGACAACGUCAUCGACAUGGGAGCCGCCUCAGGGCAGCAGGACGGCCGGUUCAAAGCAGGAUAUUCUGGCAAGGCGCAGGCGAAUGGCGCCGGCAAGCGGAAAUAUUGGAGCCGGGAUCACGGCCGCAGCGACGGAGAGUUCGACGAGCCUGGUGUCGCCACAGAAGCGCGCAUUGUUUGCUCGCAGCGGCUGCGCGAGUCACCGAAUCACGUGAUGCUUGUCACGCAUUACACGAAGGGCUGCUCAAGUGGGUACGUGUGUACAGUGCUCUACCGCAGAGGCCAGCACAUUAUCGAGAUGCAGCAAGGCUCGCCAUCGAUACUACCUGAGCAAGCGUGCCUGGCGUCCAACUUUAACGCUUCUGCUGCUCCUUACAUCACGCUUAUAAGCGGGUCGCCGGCUCCCCAGCCGUGCCCGCUGGCGGGUGUAUGGGCGGCCCAGGAGGCGGGUGAAGGGCUGUCGGAUGGCGGGUGCCAGGAGCGGCGGGUAACCCACCUGAGGGCGGGCUGUGGCGGCGUCCAGCACAACAUGGAGUUCGUCCAGUCCUGCGACCCACCCGAGGCCGGCCUCCACUCGUACGUGUGUCACGGACACUGGCAAGAGGGACGUUCUGUGUUCGUCGUGGCGUCACCCAGCGAUCGUCCUGCUCACCGUCUCUGCCUUACGGCCUCCGUAGAUUCCGAGGAAGAUUCUCACAGGAAUAACUUCCGUGACCAAAACUCUUUCUAUAACAACCGGGAUGAUCACAAUAGAGACUUUGGUAAUCCGUACGACAGGGAGAGUGAGGAAGAUUUGAGCUUUAAUUAUGACUCUAACUCGUUUAAUAAUAAUGAUGGUUUCCGAGUGGAAGACUACGAGAGAGCGGCAAGUCCUAAGGCUGAAGAGUACGCUCCUCGGUCCGAUCAGUUAGGUAGUGGAAGCCAUGUUAACAGUCAUCACGUGGGGGAUGAUAAGGAAUACAACUCGCACCGGUACGGUCCAGUGACCCGAGGAAACAGACAAAUGUUGGAUGGUAUUAAUCUCCUGCUCAGUAACCGAACUCUCGUCAUCACGGCGCAUGCGCACUCGUGUCCUCGGCGAGUGGUACCACCCACCACGUUCCUCAGCGUCAACCUAACCAUCAAAACUGAGUGUCUGGUGGCCAGCUCAGGCAGGCGUGCUAAACUGGAGCUGCUGAUGAUCCCAAACCUGCUGCUCACCGCGACAGCUGAGCCGCAAGUUGCUCUCCUAUAA